AUGGAAAGGAAUCUUAAGAAUGUUCUAAUAAUUUCUUUCGGAUUUUUACUUCUCUUCACUGCUUAUGGAGGACUUCAGAGUCUACAGAGCAGUCUCCACUCAGAAGAAGGCCUGGGCGUUGCAUCCUUAAGUGUUCUCUAUGCUGCACUCAUCUUAUCGUCAAUGUUCCUCCCACCGGUCCUCAUCAAGAAGCUGGGCUGCAAGUGGACCAUGGCAGGCUCUAUGUGCUGCUACAUCGCCUUCUCCUUAGGGAACUUCUAUGCUAGCUGGUACACACUAAUCCCCACCUCUGUGAUCCUGGGCUUAGGAGGAGCACCACUCUGGUCUGCCAAAUGCACUUACCUCACCAUUGCUGGCAAUUCAUACGCAGAGAAAGCAGGAAAAAAUGGGAAAGACAUCAUCAGCCAGUACUUUGGGGUCUUCUUUCUGAUAUUUCAGUCCUCCGGCAUCUGGGGAAAUUUGAUCUCGUCCUUGAUAUUUAGCCAAGAUUCCAACAAAGUGGAAAUCUCAGAAGAAAACCUGGCAUGUUGCGGAGCACAUGACUGCAUGACUGGUACAACUAACACCACUAACACCACUGGGUCAGCAGAACCCUCCAACUCCUUAAUCUACACUUUGCUAGGGAUCUACACAGCUAGUGGUGUGCUAGCUGUGUUGCUGAUUAUUAUAUUUCUGGACCAGAUCAAAUCUGACCAAGCAGAGACUGAGAAAGAAAUACUAGAGGCACCAUCCUUUUGGUCUACGUUCCUAGCAACUUUCCAGCAUCUUAAAGAUAAAAGACAGUGUCUUCUAAUCCCUCUGACAAUGUACAGUGGGUUUGAACAGGGAUUUCUUUCUGGUGACUACACAAAGGCUUACGUGACCUGUGCUCUGGGGAUACAUUAUGUUGGUUACGUGAUGAUCUGCUUUGCAGCUGUAAAUUCCCUCUGCUCUCUGCUCUUUGGAAAGAUCUCUCAGUUCACGGGUAGAAAACUUCUAUUUGCAUUGGCCACAGUUACAAACACCGCCUGUAUAAUAGCACUACUGCUCUGGAAACCUCAUCCUAAGCAGCUUGCUGUGUUUUUUGUAUUCCCUGCACUUUGGGGCCUAUCUGAUGCCAUUUGGCAGACACAAACUAAUGGACUCUACAGCAUUUUAUUUGAGAAACACAAGGAGGCCGCCUUUGCCAAUUACCGUCUCUGGGAAUCAUUGGGAUUUGUCAUUGCCUUUGGUUAUAGCACCAAAUUGCAAGUUUACAUCAAACUGUACAUUUUAUUGUCCGUGCUUGUGGUGUCUAUGGCGAUGUAUGGAGUGGUUGAAUACCUUGAAGCUAAGAGCUCCGCUGGGACACCUCCUGAUAAAAAGAAAGGAAAUGUAGGACCCCUCUCCCAAGAAACACACAUGUAA